CAGAAUGACUUGAGCUCACAGUGAAUUGAGAACCUGUUUUACUCCGCUGCUGACUGUCUUUUCCGUUAAACUCAUGGUGCCUGGGAAGAUGGGGGUCUGGGCAAAGGAAAGAAAGUAGCCUCAUUGUCAGCUGUUGGUCACUAUCCAGUGUCCCUGCUGGAAACAGAUGGUGUGUGACAGUCAAGUGAGGGAAAAGAAAAGACUUGCAUCUGAUCCUCCAACACAGGAAGUAGCAGACUGGCACUCACUGUGGCACUCACUCAGUCUCUAACUGAGGAGCCAGCUUCUUCAGCAAUGGAAAAGAAGGAGAAGGAUUGCACGGCAUUAACAGAGAGGAUAGUUACCACAGAUAGAUCCUGACCAUCACCCAAGGAACAACUGCAGGAAGACAUCCAGUCCCUUCACAGCAUUGCUGAACACUGAGAAGGUUGGGCAGUGAAACCAUCAUCUGGAAAUUGGUCGGGUCAGGGGAGCUUUGACAUAUCAUCAGAUCUGAAACUGGUCAGUGGUGUGGAGCCUUCCAUUGGAACCAACCUUUCUGCAGGUUUGGCAGUGGGUGAUCGGUCAGGGUGAGGCUGUGAAGAAGUGUCAGUGGCUCCAAGUGUGGUGAGAGCUUCAAUCAUUCAUUGAACCUUAUGAACCACUGACUUAUUCCUCUUGUUCAAGUGCAAGGAGAGCUCCUCAGGCACAGAUCUCCAAACUCACGUCUGCUGCACAAUUGUUAACACAAGGGCAGCUACAUGGAACAUGAACCCUUCAAGUGUGAGAUCUGUGACAAAUCUUUUGAGGCCUCUUCAACUCUUCUGAGACAUCGACGAAAUCACACAGGGCAGAAACCCUUCAGGUGUGGCAUUUGUGAGAUGACUUUCACCCAAUCCUCUGAUCUCCUGACACACCAGAGAAUUCAUACAGGGGAGAAACCAUUUAUUUGCGAAGUGUGUGACCAGUCAUUCUCCCGCUCAUCAACCCUCCGUGCACAUCAGCGUGUUCACACAGGAGAGAAACCCUUCACAUGUGAGGUGUGUGAUAAAUCAUUCUCGCACUCAUCAACCCUGCGCAGACAUCAGUGCAUUCACACAGGGCUGAAACCAUUCACUUGCGAAGUGUGUGACCAGUCUUUCUCACGCUCAUCGACCCUCCGCACACACCUACGUAUUCAUACUGGUGAGAAACCAUUCACAUGCGAGGUGUGUGACAAAUCGUUUUCACACUUAUCAACUCUUCGGAUCCACCAGCGCGUUCACACAGGGGAGAAACCAUUCAUGUGUGCAGUGUGCGACAAAUCAUUCUCACACUUAUCAACUCUCUGUACACACCAACGUAUUCACACAGGGGAGAAACCAUUCACUUGCAAGGUGUGUGACAAAUCAUUCUCAGACUUAGCAGGCCUCCAUGUUCAUCAGCGCAUUCACACGGGAGAGAAAUCAUUCACGUGUGAAGUGUGUGACAAAUCAUUCUCACAAUCAUCAAGCCUCCGCAGACAUCAACGUAUUCACACAAGGGAGAAACUAUUCACAUCCAAUACUUGUGACAAAUCGUUCUCGAGGUCAUGGAGCCUCCUGCUCCAUUAGAGGAUCCACACAGGGGAGUUACCCUACACUGGGUUUGUGUGAAGACUUUCACCCAAUCCUCCGAUCUCUCAAAGCACCAGCCUAUUUGCACAAGAGAGAAACCAUUCAAGUAUGAAAUAUUUGAUGAAGUUGUCACACAGUCAAUGUAUCUCCUGGUCCAUCAACACACACACACAUAAGAAACUCUGUUAUGUGAAAAUUCUGUAAUAAAGCUUUUAUGCAAUUGUUGAAGCCCCUGGAUCAUCGGCAAAUUACCAACAGGUGUGAAGGAAGUUCAGUAAUUUUAUUUACGUUGUGAACUAGCUCGCCAAGUCUUAGCCCAAUCCAUCCUCAGAGUGUGUAACGGUGUACACAGUCUCACGGUGCUGGGUGUUCAGUGGGACUGGGACACAGAACAAGAAGCAGCUUUCACUCCCAUCAAACACCUAGUGAUGACAUCACCAGUGCUGAGGGAUUAUGAUGUCAACAAUGGAGCCACCCUGCAGUGUGAUGUCAGUGACACAGGACUUGGAGCAAGCCCCAUGCAGUGAGGGCAAUCUGUUGUGUUUGUAUCCAGAGAGUUAACACACACUGAACAACACUGUACACAGCCUGAGAGAGAGAGUCUGAUGUUGUCUUUGCUUGUGAACAGUUCAACCAGCACCUGUAAGGGAGAGAGAAACUAGUGGUAGAGUCUGAUCACAAUAUAAUUCAAAGCAUCUUUCCCAAAUCACCUGCAUUUGCUUUAAAACAUUUACAAAAUAUGCCAAUUCAUUUACAGGCAUGUCACUGGGAAAUGAAGUACAAGCAAGGGAAGCAGAUGUACAUCACUGACAUUCUGUCGGGAACUACUCUCUGCCUGAAGUUGAUUCUGGUGCAGAUUCAACCUGAAGCAACAGCACAACACGCUCCAGAAACCAACCACUAGCACAGACAUUGAAGCUGACAGACAAGAUCACACAAAAAUAAUGCAAAUCUUCAAAGGCUACAGAGAUGAAGUGAUCACCCAAGAUGACGGGGCCAUUAUCCCUAAAGAGAUAAGAUGCUGAAACACAUUCCAAACAAACUAUCAAGGAAUUGAGUCUAAUCUAAGGGACGUAAUGGAAGUGAUCUACUGACCAAACGUGAGCAAUGAGAUGAAGGAACACAUCGGCCAGAGCACUGCUUGUAAUGAACAUCAAACUAAACAAGAUAAAGAGCUGCUCUUGCUCUUGACUCGUGGCAUCCCAGACAGCCCAUGAAUGAAGCUUGGAGUACAGCUCUUUACUCUCACUGGAACUGAUUAUCUUGUCACAGUUGAUUACUAUUCAGGCAGCAGGGAGUUAGAGCAGCUGGUGUCACCGACUCCCAGUGAGAUUGUUGAAUGUCUGAAAGCACACUACAGUCAUCAUGGCAUUCCUGACUUUGUGAUCAAUAACAAUAACCUCAAUUCAUGAGCGAUCGAUUCAGACACUUCAUGAAUGAUUGGAAUAUUCAGCACUACUCAUCAUCUCCACACAGCCCUAGUGAAAUGGAUAGCCCGAGGCAGAGGUAAAAAUUGCUAAAAGAAUGAUCAAAAAGUCAAAUAAAUCCAGUUAACACACCUACUGAAGGCAUGGAAAGUUGUUCAGUCCAACCACCAACAUCAUAUGGUGCGCAGACUAUUCUUCCAACAGUACAAAAUUCACAGUUAGUAACAGCAGACACUGAUGAAAUCAAAGUAAAAUGACAGAAAAUCAAAUGUCACUUUGAUCAAGCUGCCAAAUCAUUUCCAGGAGAGCUGGUCAGAGUGCAAACAUUCAGUGAACUUAACAGAAGUCAGCUCAUUUGGCAACCAGGGAUCUGUGUGAAGAAGUGUCACUUUGAUUGUGCAUGGUGAAAGUGAACAGCUCUGAUGUCUCAAGCACAGAUAUCUAUCUGUUCACCUGAAUAACUGCUCCUUCACAGCAGACAGCUGAAGGGGUAGACCUGAUUUCACCAAUCGAGCAAAGAACUGAAUACCUUUUACCGAUACAUGUACCAGAACAGCAGAAACAAUAAUCACAGCAACAAUAUCUUCCCAUGGCAGAGUCUCCAGACAGACAGGAUUGAGGUUCAAAAUACAUGGAAUUGGUGCACAAAAAAGAGCUGAUAAAUUACUUGUCAGGAAAACUGACUAGUGACUGCAGUUUUUAAUAAAGUUCAUUUGCAAGCCCAACAUGAUCAACUCCCUUCACAAGAAUGUGAAGUUGCUGAUGAGAAUUGCAUGCAAAUAAAAAACAGUAUCUUGUGGAUUCCUGCUUUGACACAAACACAACUACAGUGUAAGGUCUGAUAAGUAAAACUUCAAUCAGAUAAAAGAAACAGUAGGCUCCACAUCUUAUAGUCUUGUUUGAAGUGGUACCUUGAUUAAUCAGACUGACUGAUUAAUCAACUGCUCCCUAAUGUCAGUUCUUAAGAAUUUAUUUUAGGAAUCAAUUGGGUACUGUCAUUACAAUAGUUUUACCUCUUCGCUUAAUCUAGGGUAGUAUUUUGGUGCUCUAUUAUUUAUUGAGUGACUAUUACCAUGCAACCUUUUAAUUACAGAAUGCUAAAAAUUAAUUAUGAAUAUUUCAACAAAACUUGGAUAAUUUGGAGAUUUGUUGAAUUGAAUCAGAUCCACUUCAGAUUCAUUGUGAACCUAUGCUCCUACUCUCUUGGGGACCAAGGUUUAGUUUAACUUAGUUUGAAGUUUGACCUCCUUUAAAGGUGUUAUGUUUGUAACAAGUAAUGUUUAAAUGAGCUGAUUUUUCUUUUUAUUUAGCUUUGCAAUUUAUAAUGUAUUUUAUCACCAAGUUGCAUGCUUUGUUAAAACUAAAUUGUGUGUUUACUUAAAACCUAAAUUGUCUCAUCUAGUUAUCUGUACCAAGGCACUCAGUGAAUCUAGAAAAGUUUGAUAGAGAUUUCUAGUGUGGGAAUAACAUUGUUUAUCUUGGGAGUCUUUCAAACUGACAACAUCAGUAUGGGAUGUCUAUGCUCGGAUGUGUUUGACAGCAGAUCAGAGAAGAAGACCCGCAGCAUCCAAGGCAGUGAUAAUGUGCAGUCGUGGGGUCAGCACAUGCACAGGAGAGAGGCACACAGACCUUAGGGGCACAAAGAGUUAGAAGGAGGGGCAAAUAAGAAAGGGGUCUUAAAUUCUCUUCUCCUCUUCAUUCUCUUUCUCCUACUUAGUUCUGCCCUCUUUUCCACCUCGUCCUGUUUUCUACCUCUCCUCCAGGGUAAUCCUCUCCCUCUUUGCUAUCUCUCUCCUUUUGCCAUGUCUCCUCAUCAGGCUUUAUACAGAGUGCGUGCAUUAUUUUAAACUAUCACAAAAGAAAGCAAAGCAGAAACUCCAUGCAAUAAUAACGUUAUUUUGACUGUAAUAAAUGAUCUUACAACUAUUUCACUUGCUAAUGUAACACAAAUUAACAUUGUCUGUGGUCCACUAAUUUGCUGAAAUAAUUGCAGGCCACAUCAUAUAGACUGGAGUCAUGAAUCACAAAAGUGUUAUAGCACAAAGGGUGGCCUUUCAGUGCAUCGGUUUUAUUACAUGGUGCCGACCUCCUGUCUUUUCCCAACACCCCUGCACUUCAUUUCAGUUGAACUUGCCUCCACCACAUUUCCAGGUAUUAGAACAUAGAACAUAGAAUUGUAUUGUAUUCCAUACCCUAACUAUUCACUGUGUGAGAAAGUUUAGCCUUUUUUUAGGCUUGCUCCUUUUGCGCAUCACUUUAAAUCUACACAAACUUUUCUUUUUUCUUGACAAGCGGAAACAGCUUCCCCCUACUGACUUCGUCCAGUCUGCUCAUGAUUUUGAAAGCCUCUAUCAAUUCAUCUGUCAGCCUUCUUCCUUUGAAGGAGAACAAUCCUAAAUUCUCCAGUCUAUCCUCAUAACUGAAGUUUCUCAUUCCUGGAAUCAGCAUCAGCAGCUUGAGAUGAUCAAUAUGAUUGUCAGGGGAAGUGGUCUGGUUAAUCACUAAGGCUGUGAAAAGGUCUCCAUCAGUAGUUUGAACACCUGAGGACAGACCCUUAUCACACAGGAAGGCCCAUUGCCAGUUUUGUGAAUUUACUUGUAGCAGAUCCAUGUACAUAUACAUGUGGAUAUAUACUCACUAUAGAAGCUUGAUCACUCCACAUGCUUGUUGUCCACAUUAUGUAUCCAGAAAAGAUCUCGAAGGUGGACAGUCUGUGUAAAAGAGGAGGUGUCUACAACCUCUUCACUCACGUUACAACACGGCUGUGUUUCAAUAAAUGGUGGUUAAAUGUUGGUGGGGGGGGCGCAGCCCCAAAUCCUGGGGACGUCUUCAUGCGGCCCUGACAACAACUUUAAUUCAUGUUCAUGGAAUAAUUGAUCUGCAGUUGGAGUUGAACCAAUAAGCUUGCUGUCUGAGACAGAGGGUUGUGAGUUCAAGUCCCAUUCCAGGAAUUGAGCCCCAAAGCUCCUGGACACUCCAGUGCAGCACUGAGGGAAUGGGAGAGAUUCCAGAGAUAGGGAGGGAAGAGGCCAUGGAGGGAUUUGAAAACAAGUUCAAAAUCCUCACUAAAACUUAACACAGAGCCUUCCUAGGAGGAGGUGGGCUUUGCCUCAAGAUUUAUUCCUGACACGCUAGUAGAACUGUGUCUAAACAAUAGAGUGAGUGAAAGCAGAAUGGUCCAUGAAAACAAUCCCUUAAGAUGUCCAUUCCAGCUGACACCAGGGACUUUACCACCUUUCACAGCUUCAUAGAACAUAGAACAUUACAGCGCAGUACAGGCCCUUCGGCCCUCGAUGUUGCGCUGACCUGUUAAACCAAUCUGAAGCCCAUCUAACCUAAACUAUUCCAUUAUCAUCCAUAUGUUUAUCCAAUGACCAUUUAAAUGCCCUUAAAGUGGGCGAGUCUACUAUUUUUGCAGGCAACUUCAGGAACCCAGACGCAAAGACAACACUGAUACUUUUUAUAGCCAAAUAAGAUAAACAAACUCAAGUUUAUAAAGUCAGGAGGGGUCUUUUUUAAGCUAAAGGAAAACACCCACAGCUUUGAGAAUUUUCUUCAGUUUUACAUUGAGUUUUUUGCCAUCCUUUGAUGAAGAUACUUGUAUAGACCAAUGUCAGUAAAAAGGAAAGGAAACUGUAAAACUAGAUUACCUUAAAGAGUUAGUGUUAGCCACAGAACGAAGUAUUGGGGUAAAAAUCUUAAGACAUUAUUUGAAGCUGUCUACAUUUAAGCUCAGGUACAUAAAUAUCUCCAAGAAGAAGCUUUCUACAGUUCCAAUUGUUAAAGUCACAAGCAUUAAAACUACCAAGGUGUUUGAGACAAGGACUGUGGUGUUGGAACUGUACAACUGGCAUUGUUGUGUACUGGGGUCUUAUACAAAAGAUCUUGAUCUUUUUAAUUUAUAAAAACUUGUUUUGGGAUUAAUGGGAUUAUACCUUUCCUGUGUGUUUAAAAAUCUUUGAAUUUGUGUUCCACGUGGAUAGUUUGGUUUAUUUUGAUUUCUCUUCUUUUUUGUUCAUAAGCUUGUUUUAUCAUUAAAGCAAAAUCUGCAGCA